AUGAGUGAUCGUAUCUGUAUUCAUUCUAAAUGUAAAAUCUCUGUAGAAUUAAGUGCUGUUAAUCUAUUAAGCUGUUGUACAAGAUGUGGUCUUGGUUGUAAUGGUGGUAUUCCAGGAAUGGCAUGGGAUUAUUGGAAAUAUGAAGGUAUUGUUACAGGAGGAUCAAAUGAAACACAUACAGGAUGUCAACCAUAUCCAUUCCCUAAAUGUAAUCAUCAUUCAAGUACAAAAAGUUAUCCACUAUGUGAAAGUCAUUAUUAUUCAACACCAGAAUGUUAUAAAACUUGUCAAGAUGAUUAUCGUAAACCCUAUAAAAAAUAUAAAUUUUAUGGUAAAACUUCUUAUAAUGUAGCCAGUGAAGAAAUUUCAAUCAUGAAAGAGAUUUUAUUAAAUGGUCCAGUUGAAGGUGGAUUCUAUGUCUAUGAAGAUUUUCUUCAUUAUAAAUCUGGUGUUUAUAAACAUAUCACUGGUUCCUAUUUAGGUGGUCAUGCUAUACGUAUACUUGGUUGGGGUAUUGAACAUAAUCAUAUACCCUAUUGGUUAUGUGCUAAUUCAUGGAAUGAUCAAUGGGGUGAUCAUGGUUAUUUUAAAAAUUUACGUGGUAAAAAUGAAUGUGGCAUUGAAUCAAUGAUAGCAGGUGGUUUACCAAAGUUACAUAAUUAA